UGCUUAAAAUUAGGUCUUCAAUGCCGAUUGCAGCGGCCUCUGUGGAGUAGUCUUUUUCUCUUUCUCUCUUGUCUCUUUCUUUCUCUUCCCUCCCUGCACAGUCUGACAUCAAGAUGGCAGAGGUAGCUGAUACCACCACCGAACCCAGCACUAAGGAUCUGAAAGAGAAAAAAGAGGUCAUAGAAGACAAAGCAAACGGAAAAGAGAGCACAGAGGACAAGGAGGAUGAAGAGAAUGGAGCAGACGCUGAUGAUGCUGAUGAUGCCGAAGGUGAUGAAGAUGAUGACGAAGUAGUCGAUGAAGAUGAUGAAGAGGAAGAAGAGGAAGAGGAAGGCCAUGUAGGGAAACGACCAGCAGAUGAAGAGGAGUCUCCAAGAAAGAAGAAACAGAAGACAGAAAAUGGAGACAAAGCAAAGGCCUAGAAGAACACCUGACUCUUCGUCUCCGUAUUUUUAUUUUGUUAUUUUUUUUUAUUCGUCUUGGUUUUUAAUAAACACAUUUGUCAUUUCAAAGAAAACCCAGCAGCUGGGAAAAGCUGAGGGAAAGGGGGUUGCAUUUCUUUGAAACAAAAACACCUUUUGUUAACAUUUUUUAAGACUACUUUCAAACAGCUGUCCAGUUGCACAUCCCCUCCCCCAUGUGUCAUGGUUCCUCUUUCCUCCUUGUCCCAUCAGAGGGCUCCUGUUCCACCUCCUAGCAGUGGUAAAAGGGCCAGCUCUUUUUAAUGUUUAUAAAAGCAUUCUUAUCUACAUGUGAUUUUUUUAUUAUUAUUAUUAUUAUUUCUGUGUUCAAAAUGUUUGAACUCUGGGGAUGUAGAAGGUGAUGGCACCUUGUGCAUCUAGUGUGAGCAGUCGCUGUAAAGGUUUGAAUUGGAAGUCAUGUUUGCUGUGAGUGUCUGCCCACCACCAUGCUGGUGUGAUGAGUCUGUGCUGAGAGUCAAACUCAGAGGGCCCUUCUAAUCAGGAUCCUCCUUACCAGCACAGUAACUUCUGUACAACAGUCUGCACACCACCCCUCAGGUGUGGUCAGUCACAGGGCUAGGAGUUUAACUCGGGGGGGGGGGAGCCUUUUGGCAGCAGGGUCUCCAUUCUGGUGCACUGCCGUGACAUCAUCAUUCUGGGACUGAAACUCUGCACUCAUGUGGCUACAAAGAAGCCUGACAUGCACACACACCAGUUUAUUGAUUUACUGGACUGGCAAAGCUGUGCUGGGAUUGGUGGUUGACAAGUCCUGGCUUUCUUCUGCCCCUCUGGACAAAAAUCAGGUAAUGUGAGCGCGGGAAGUGGCACUUUAGCUGAUAGUCCAGUCCCGUUCAGCAAAUAGUAGUGACAGAUUUUUUUCCUAAUGGGUGGAGAUCAAAGCCAUGGCACAGCACAUUUUUUUAACCACCACAACUUUUUAACCCUUCGUACACCAUGGACCAAAUCUCUUGUGUUUUUUUUUUAAUGUAUAAGAAAGACUGGUGUGAUUUUUAUUAAAUAUAUAUAUUAUAAAUAUAUAUAUGUAGCUCUGUUUUCUAAGUUGUGUAAAUAAGCAGCGACAAAGGGAAAGCUGUGUUCUGUAUAAAUGGUUUGUCCUUUUCUUUA